AUGCAGCACCCCAAGCCCUUCUUCGCACCUGCAGCUCCCCAAGAAGGCUUCAGCCCCCGGAGCCUGGACAACACUGAGGGGCCAGGCAGCCAGCCAGCACCCUCUUGCACGGAGCCCCUUCUUGCUGUGGGUUCCUCCAAUCCGUAUCACCCCCCAAACCCUGAGAAAGAGGUGUUUCCGGCCCCUCCGGCAGGUUUCCAGAUGGCGCCCUGUGGGUGUUUCUUUGACCCUCGCAUCUACCGAAUCGAGUGGGCCACCACCGACUUUGGCCAGUCGUCCCUGUACAAGCUGGCGGCCGUGGGCAACGUGGGGCCGGCCGGGGGUCCUGCCGGGGGCCCCACCUCCCCAGGCACUUACCUCCUAGAGCCCCAGCACUACCUCAAGGCCUCAGUGCCGCCCCCCCCGUACCCACACUACCAGCCGGCGCCCAGGGGCCCCCAGUACCUCAUGCCCUUCUUCCCGCCGGAGGGGCCCGGGCCAGAGGCCCUGGGCUUUGUGGCGGACGGGGGCCCCCCUGCCUUUGUGGAGCCGCCCCCCACCCUGCUCAAGGAGGGCCCGGGCCCCCCACCACCUCCCGCCCUCCCCGAAGAGAACAAGCUGCUGCCGCUGCUCAUCUCGCUGCCCACCGAGGCCGCGCUGCCCCCUGGCCCCUACGGCCGCCUCAGCCAGUUCCACGGGCCCGCGGUAGCUGGACGGCCUGUCGAGCCCUUGGCCUUCCCCGCCAAGGAGCUGCAGGGUGGUGGGGCCAGGCCAGCCCUGCUGUACCCUCCGGGCCCCCGGGAGCCCAAGGCAGCCGAAGCAGAGACAGCCCCCCUGGGGGCAGGCGAGGCCAGGACCCCUGAGCCAGCCAGGGCCUUCGUGCUGCCCGAGAAGGUGCUGCUGGAGGACGCCAUGAAGCUCUUUGACUGCUUGCCGGGAGGCGCUGAACCCGAGGGGUCCCCGCGCAAGGGCCCGGGGACAGCCCUGCCGGACAGCGGGGGCGGUGGGGACGACUCCUCCGGCGACAUCCGCUCGCUGCACCUGCCAGACGAGCUGCUGUCCUUCGACUACAGCGUGCCUGAGAUCCUGGACACGGUGUCCAACGUGGACUACUUUUUCAACUUCAAGGCUCUGGAUGAGGAGCCACCAGCCCGCCCAGGGCCCCACCCCACCACCGCCACAGCCCCCGCUCUACGGUCAGAGGCCCCCGGCAGGAAGAAGGCCAGCACCUCCUCCGCCAAGAAGGGGCGGCAGGCCCCCAAGGGCAAGCAGGCUGCAGGCCCGGCCAGCGUCAGCGCCGCGGGGCCCAGGCAGGACCUGCGAGCUACCCCCCAUUAA